GCAUCUAAGGUUAGAGGUCUUCACGUAUCACGAGGGUCUCACGGAUAAACAUAGAUGAAGAAGUAAUUAUCAGUCUGAAGUGAGCCUUGCUUCAGUGAAGACAAAAUGGCCACACCUCCGCAGACAAAGAAAGCGCCUUUUAGGCUCCAGAACCUAGAAUCAGUUAACCGAAUAACCACUCUACCAAUCGUCGAAUCCGGGUGGCACAUCGCUGGAAACAUGUACAACAAAAUUAAAAAUUCCAACAACCUCGUUUAUUGGACUUUGCAACAAGCGGAAAGUUCCAUUCAGGCUGCAGUUGACACCGCUCUUCCAACCAUCGCUCUGUUCCAAGCCCCGAUUUCUUCUAUUGACAAAGUCUUGUGCAAGAGUCUGGACAUCGUCGAGCAGAAAGUCCCAUCAAUCGCGCUACCUCCAGAAAUGAUCUACUGGAACACUAAGCAAUACGUGACCGAAGUCGGUAACAAAAUCGUCAAACCGGUGCUCAAAAGAGCAGAUUCCGUCAAGCAAAUCGGCAAUACCGUCUUGUCGAGCAAGUACACAGCCUUUGCAGCUGAUACUCUAGACGGAGCGUUGGACGUUGCUGAUAAGUACGUCGACAAGUACCUACCAGCGGCUGUCUACGACGACCAAAAAGGUAAACUCGAUAGACCAGAAGCGUCAAAUCGACCUAAAUUUUCAGAGCUAGAAGUCAACGAAAACUCCGAUGGUAACACGAACCGUGCCAUCCAGACCAUGCACCACGUGGGUCGCUUUUCCGGAAAGUUGCAAAGACGCCUGACGAAACGGACGUUAGCAGAAGCUAAAGCUUUGAAGGAGCACAGCGCUGAGGCUAUCAAUGUUUUGAUCUACGUGGCGGAAUUAGUCGCUAAAGACCCGAAGUUGGCGUUCGCCAAAGGGAAGGAGUUGUGGGCGAGCUUGAGUAAAGACGAACCCGAAAAUCAAGCUAGACCCGAAAACUUAGAACAGUUGAUCGUGUUGUUGACGAGAGAAUCAGCUAGAAGGGUUGUCCAUUUUAUCAAUUACACUAGCGACUUUAUUAGCAAGAUUCCAACGAAGGUUGUGGCUUCAGUGUCACGAUUUUUGCACUUCGCGGAUUCUUUAGUGACGAGUGUCCAUAUGGAUGGAGUUCAGCGAGCUCUCGUCUCAAGCCUCAAAACUCAAGCGCACCAUUUUACUCUCUUGCUUAAACAAGUAAACGUUUACAUCACCGAUUUAUUGGAUAACGUUGCACAGUCGUUGUCGACGUCCCCGGAGGUCCCAAAAUCCGCCCUGGAGGUACCCAAAAUUAAAGUGCAGCUGAGGGCGGUCCACCUACUCAAAAAUUCCAACGGAGUGGACCCGAAUUCGAACUGAGGGGGAAUUUUUUAGCGUCGAGUAUUUUAUUUUUUAUGCUCUACAGUAACAGUAAUCUCAUUUUGUACAAUUUUUUAAUACUCGAGUGUUUAUUUUUAGUAUAAGUUGUUACUCAUUUAUGCUUUAAACUUUUAAGGGGUAGAUGUACAAACACAGACGCUUUAUUUAUCACUGUAACUACAAUACUUUUUUAAUUAAUAUUAGUAAUUAAUAAAUGUAUGAAAUAGA